AGUUUAACUGUUUGCGUUAGUUUUCUACCUUUGCUAUAAUAUUCUUAGUUGUUAUUUUUGAGUUUAUAACAAGUGUAAUAUGUUAGAGGAAUUGGACAGUGAACCUGAACUUUUUAGUGGUGGUUCCAGUGAUGAAUAUGUGGCAGAUACAGCCGACAGUAGCACAUCAAGUAGUGAUAGUGAUAGUUUGGAGGUUAGAAAAACAAACAGGAAGUCUGUAAAUGAAUCGCAGUGGGUUCGAAAUAAGAAAAAGAAACUUUUGGCUACUGGCGCAAGACAUCUUAAUAGUGUGAACAAAAUGGUCGGUCCUAGAGUGGUUGGCGAAGACUGUAAAUGCAAAUUUAAAUGUUUCGAAAACUUUAAUGAACAGGAGAGAACGCAGAUCUUAAAUAAAUUUAAUGAAAUUGGCGAGAAAGUAAUGCAGGAUACUUACCUUGUAGGCCUAAUAAGUACGUCAGAAGUAACCAGAAAACGUCCUAAGACAGGAAAUGGUCGGCAACGAAACGUUUCCCAUAAAUACAUGAUUCGUAUUGGUUCAAAAUCCCACCGAGUAUGCAAAAAAGCAUUUGGUGCGGUUCAUGGUAUAUAA